GACCCAUAUGGUGGCCACUCAAAGCUCCUGCCCGUUGGGUAGGACGCAAUCCGCGUCCCAUAUUUAGAUGGGAUGGACGAUCCUAACGGCUCCUUUUCCGUGGGCGCACUGAUAAACAUUUCGAUGGUACUCUAAACACGGUCGAAUUUCCCUCUCCCUCUCAACCUCUCCUCGGCAGAUCUCACUGUACAACCUCCCUCGAUGAAACCUACGGCCAGGAUUUCCCCAAAUGGACCGUGAGCUCAGACAGUUCUCCACGCCACCUUCCCAACCCACCGCAGAUGGUGGGCCCCACUCCGAAUCCGAUUGGCCCCUUCUCACAUGCGACCCUCCAUUCCCCGUCUCCCCCGACGAUCUCCUCGAGCUCCACCAGAAGUUCGCUCCCUACGUCCGUUCCGACGUGUACGGAACGAUGGGGAGGGGCGAUCUGCCAUGGGAGGAGAAAUUCCUGCUCGCGGCCGCCUUCGCCACACUUGUACCGUUUCGCGUGACCGUCGGAUCGGCGAUCGUGAUCCUGUACUAUCUGAUCUGUCGGUUGUGCACGGGGCUCACCGAUUCAGAUGGGGAUGACGAGCAGCAAGGUUACGUUGAUAUGGUAGGGUGGCGGAGAUUCCUCAUCGUGUAUAGCGGGCGGUUUCUUGCUCGGGCGAUGCUCUUCAUGCUCGGGUUUUAUUGGAUUGAUGAGUUCUAUCUAACUUCAUCCGGUGAGGAUGAAGAUAUUGAUGAGAAUGAGCGCAGAGAGCGAUUUGAAGAUUUUGAAAGGCCUGGGGUGAUCGUAUCGAACCACAUAUCAUAUUUGGAUAUUUUGUAUCAUAUAUCAUCGUUUUUUCCUAGCUUUGUUGCAAAGAAAUCAGUUGCUAAACUUCCCAUAGUUGGUUUCAUCAGCAAGUGUAUUGGUUGUGUCUAUGUUCAGAGAGAAUCCAAAUCAACUGAUUCAAAGGGUGUUUCAGGAAUUGUGAAGGAAAGAGUUCUAGCAGCCCGCCAAAAUAAACUUGCACCAUUGAUGCUACUUUUUCCAGAGGGCACAACUACGAAUGGAGAUUUCCUCCUUCCGUUUAAGACGGGUGCUUUUCUAUCCAAAACGCCAGUCCUUCCAGUGAUCCUAAGAUAUCCUUACGAAAGAUUUAGUCCAGCAUGGGACACUAUAUCUGCGGUCCGCCAUGUAAUUUUGCUUCUUUGUCAAUUUGUGAAUUAUAUGGAGGUGACCUACCUACCCAUCUACUACCCUUCAAAGCAAGAGAAAGAAGACCUGAAACUCUAUGCAAGUAAUGUACGAAAGCUAAUGGCUAGGAAGGGUAAUCUAAUAUUGUCCGACAUGGGACUCCCCGAGAAGCGAAUCUACCAUGCUGCGCUGAAUGGUAAUAACUUGCCUAGUGUUACAUCAAUUUUUUUCACCUGCAUGAUUCGGGUUCAUGGUCCAUUCGUGGUGCGUAAGUUGUCUUGUAGACGAGCCAAUGGUUAAGAAACCACAUCUGGAAUGGGUCUACUUUCCAAAGAGCAUUUUCAGAAGCCUGCAAACUUCGAUCUUUUCACAUUGGUUGCCUUUGAUCUCCGGUCAUGUUCUGCUUGGUUCCUUUCCUCAUGGGCCCCAUCUGAAGCUUUUGUAAACUAGAGUAGAUGUUUACUGUAAAUAUUGCAAGUGGUGUUUCUGCAAAAAGCUACUUGGUUGUGCAUGAUGAAGAACAUAUACUCUUUUUCCGGGAGAAUAUCAAGCGAAGAAUAUUGUGGUGUUUAAGCUACA